AUGGCCAAGUCUCAGCUAUUAGAAGGUGAUGCAGGUUGGGGGACCUACACGGACACCUUUGAUCAUCCCGUGGCACAGCUCAAUGAGGAUAUAAAGAAGCUAGCCUGGGCUCUGGUUCUCCGGGCAUACACGGGCUCGGAUAACGUCGCGUUCGCCUAUCGGAACCUUAGCAAAUUAUCAUCGGCGCGAAAUCCGAUGAUUUGCGGAUUUAUCUUAACUGAGAAUGACAGCUUAGCUGCUGCUAUCAAACAUUCUACCUGCCAACAAAUUGAAUGUGACUCACAAACUGCAAAUACUCUUCUCUGGCUUGAUACUCCUGCCGCAAGCAUCAAUAUACAGUUAGGGGCUGAAAAACUGAUUUAUGAUAUGAUAGUGGUGCCUAUCUGCACUGAAAAGUCUCUUUCCAUCACAAUUCAUUAUACGAAGAAUCAUGCAUUCAGUCGCCUCGUCCCGUAUAUUACAGAAGCAUAUCUACAAUCCGCAGCAUGUAUAGGCAACAACACUGCGACAAAAGUCAACCAGGUGAAUCUGGCGGGGCCCAAAAGUAUUCACCAGAUAGAGGCCUGGAAUCGGGGAGCACCUUCCUCGAUAAACGAAUGUGUACCUGAAGUACUAUCAUGCCAUCCGAUGACAUCUGUCGCUAUAUGUUCGUCACAGGGGACUUGGACGUACGGAACACUUGAUCAAUACUCUACGAUAGUGGCGCGUGAGCUGGUCAAGUGUGGAAUAGUGUCGGAGACAUUCGUGCCGCUUUGCUUCGAAAAGUCGCCAUGGGCAGUUGUUGCCAUGUUGGCAGUCCACAAAGCUGGAGGCGCCUUUGUGCCCCUAGAUCCUAAUUCCCCGGUUGAUCGACUCGAGGGCAUAAUUUAUCAAGUCAACGCAACAGUCAUCCUUGGAUCCGAGCGACAAUUAUCUCACGGCCCUCUAGCCAACCUGCGAAACCGCUUCCAGAGAAAGCUGGCCUGGGUGCCUGUCUGUCACAACGCCGUUGCGAACGUAAGGGCUGGGAGUCCCGAGCCUAAUGGGCCAUGCUUGGAUAGCGCAGCAUACUGUAUGUUCACGUCCGGUAGUACGGGGAAGCCCAAAGGUGUGGUUGUCGAUCACAGGGCCCUCGCACAUGGUCUCCAGAAACAGGGUAGUGUCUUCGGGCUUAGCAGCUCUUCUCGCGUUUAUCAGAAUACUCCGUUCACUUUCGAUCCCUCCAUCACAGAGAUACUCGGUACUUUAUACCAUGGCGGAUGUAUCUGCAUGCCGGAUGACGAUGCCCGCUUACAGACACCGGCAUUAGUAAUAAAUGAGCUAGGCGCCAAUUGGGCAUUUCUUACUCCGUCAUAUGCAACUGCACUUGAGCCAACUGAGGUCCCUGGAGUUCGUACCUUGCUUCUGGGAGGGGAGACGGUCACCCCUCAUUCUAUCAAAGGAUGGGUGAACAAUCGUCGAGUUAUCAAUGCGUAUGGGCCUACGGAAUGCACUAUCUUCUCGCUGUCUGGCGAUAUCUCUUUAGAAGGUGCCAUGGUCUCAAAUAUUGGCCGCCCAAUUGGUUGCAAGGCGUACAUUGCAGACCCUGAGGAUUAUCGCAAACUAUGUCCUGUUGGAGCUGUCGGAGAGCUUCUUAUACAGGGACCAAUUCUAGCUCGUGGAUACCUCAAUGACACCAUCACCACCGGUCAAGCGUUCGUGAAGAGCCAUGCAUGGGGGAGUGAUGGUUCUCAACGCUUCUACAGGACUGGCGAUACUGCUCGCUAUACUGCCGAUGGAACAAUAGACUACCUUGGACGGCGAGACAAGCAGAUAAAGAUAAACGGACAACGUGUGGAACUAGGAGAAAUUGAAAACUGCAUUUCCCAGCAGUGCGACUCCACUGAUGUCGUAGUAGACUGUAUCAUGCGGCCCGGGGUCGCGAGAGGCCAAGUGUUGGUGGCCUUCGUCUCAUUCCGAGAGGCUACUAAUGACACCCUGAUAUUGACGGAGAAUCGAUAUCUCCAGGCUAUAGACCAUCUAGCAGAAUAUGUACGGCGGCACCUACCCCCAUACAUGGUUCCACACAUAUUUAUAGCCCUGUCACAUGUUCCAUUAUCUGCCUCGGGGAAAAUCGACCGCAUGAGCCUGCAAAGGUUGGCAACGGAAUGCCUCGACAAGCGUGUGCCAGAGAAGAAGCUCGAUGAUAGCACACAAAUUAGUCCAACAGAGCAUAUAGUGCGAAAGGCAUGGUCCUCCAUCCUGCAUAUUCCAGAGUUUACUUUCAGCAUGAACGAUAUUUUCUUUCAAUUUGGUGACUCGAUGUCAGCGAUCAAGUUGGUGCGCGAACUACAUAAACAUCACUUGGAACUCACCUUCCACGACCUAUUUCUCGAACCCAAGCUGUGCGAAAUGGUAGCUAAUGUGCGUCAUUAUGAUCCAGCGACCCAGGUCGCUAUGGUUAGAGAGAGGCGGCUGUCAGGUUUCCAAUCCACACUGGUGCGAGAAGAAGCAGCACACAAAUGUGGCAUUGACAGCAACCUGGUCGAAAACAUAUAUCCAUGUACACCAUUUCAGGAAGGACUCAUGGCGUUGGCAUCCUUACAACCAUUUGCAUACAACGGCCAUUAUGUCUUCCAGUUGUGUGAGAAGGUUAACAUCCAGCGUUUCCAAAACGCAUGGGAAUUGGUUUUUAAGCUAAACCCAAUCCUUCGGACCCGAAUUAUAGCGACAGGACGACGACAGUCAUUCACCCAAGUUGUCCUGAAGGGGCUUCCCGGAUGGCGAUACUUUCCAAGUCUGGAGGAAGCCGUCGAGUCCCAUAGAGCACUUCAUGCUUCUCUUGAAGAAAAUCUGACUUGGUUUUCUAUUGUGCCCGCUCGCAGCCAGAGUCCAGCGUACUUCAUCUGGACGGUACACCAUAGUCUUUACGAUGGAUACAGCUUCGAUAUGAUCUUGAAUGACGUCCAGCAGGCAUAUAAUGGUAUAUCUUUGAAACCUCACGCGUCUUUCGUUACCUUCGUUGAAUAUGCGACUAGUGUAAUGAACCAGGCUCAAUUAUACUGGGAAGAAACGCUGGGGGAUUUUACCACAGACACAUAUCCUACCGUACCUAAGCAUCACUAUUGCCCCUACGCAGAAAAGAGUAUUAGACGCCAUUUCAAUCUCCAAAAACGACCUGCAAUUGCGAGACAGUCUGUCAUUCUUCAAGCAGCAUGGGCAAUGACAUAUUCCUACUACGUCGAAUCAACAGACGUUGUGUUUGGUGCCGUGCUAAAUGGCAGACAUCUACCGGUGCAAGGUAUCGAUGACAUUGCUGCACCGACAUUAAAUACAGUCCCAUUGCGACUGUUUGUCGAUGGCACGAAAACUGCCUCGGAGUUUCUUUUGGAUGUGCAGCGUUCCGUGGCAAAUGCAACGAAGUUUCAAGCGAUCGGUAUGCAGAGACUUCAACACCUCAAUCCGGGGGCUCAAAACGCUUGCAAAAUGCAGUGUGUGCUGAUUAUCCAGCCACCACAACCUGAGAGGCCUGAAUUGUUUGCAAACGAGCGUCACGACCUAUCCGUUGAACAUAUUUAUGGAUACAGCAUUGUACUCUACGCUAGUCUUUGUCUAGAUGGGUCAAUAGGCAUUACCGCCCACUUUGACCCAAACAUGAUUCCUGAGGCACAGGUGCUGACGCUCCUGGGUCAGUGGGAGCUUGCUACACGUCAUCUAGGAGCCGCGAAUACGGAUCAGAAGCCAUCUGCAAUCCCUGCUGUGAGCCAGAGUGAUAUGGACCAGCUGCUGGAUUGGAAUGCAAGUUACGCACCCAUCGAGAAAGCGACCAUCCAUGCACUUGUCGAACGGCCGGUUAUGCAACAUCCUCAGAAGGAAGCUCUCUAUAGUUAG